UGGAGCUCCGGCUUCAGCGCGCGCUCUCAGUGCCUCGGGUCCGACUGGCGCGUGCGACCACCAUGAAGUACGUCGAGCGCGUGUUCGAGCGCCUGGGACACUUCAGGAGGUUCCAGGCCUGUCUGUACUUCGCCGCCGUCUUCCAGGCCGUCGCCUGCGGGAUCCACUACCUGUCCUCCGUCUUCCUGGUGGCCACGCCCAAGUUCCUGUGCGGCGCCCCGGACAACAUCACCGAGGUGCUGUACGGGAACCGCAGCGCUUCCUCCCUGGACGACGUGUGGCCCCACUGGGCCCCUGGCAACGGCCCCGUUGUGGUGCGCACGGCCGGCGGCGACCACUGGGAGCUGAGCCAGUGCCGGAGGGCCCUGCGCAUCAACGGCUCCGGGUUCGAGUACCACUUCAACGGCAGCAAGACGGUGCAGGCCUGCGGGGGGCGCUUCAGCUACGACAGCAGCGAGGUGCAGCAGAGCAUCGUGACCGACUGGGACCUGGUGUGUGAGAAGGAGUGGAUGGCCAAGCUGUGCCAGCCCACCUUCAUGCUCGGGGUGCUCAUCGGGGCCCUCGUCUUCGGGGACAUCGCCGACAGGUUUGGGAGGCGACCCAUCCUCAUGCUCACCAGCCUGUGCCAGUUCUGCUUCGGCAUCGGCGUGGCUUUCACAGGAAACUACUACUCCUUCUCUGCGAUCCGUUUCCUGCUGGCCAUGGUGUCCAGCGGCUACCUGGUGGUGGUGUUCGUCUACGUGACGGAGUUCACGGGAAUCAAGGUGCGCACGUGGACCUCCAUGCACGUGCACGCCGCCUUCGCCGUCGGCGUCAUGGUGGUGGCGCUCGUGGGCUACCUGGUGCGGGUCUGGUGGCUCUACCAGGUGGUGCUGUCGCUCAGCACCCUCCCCUUCCUGCUCGUCUGCUGGAAGCUUCCCGAGACGCCCUUCUACCUCCUGGCCAAAGCCCGGUACCGGGAGGCCCAGGACCUGCUGGAUCUGAUGGCUCGCUUCAACGGCGUGGCCCGCGUCAGCGUCUCGGACCUGGUGGAGCCGGGAACCGGCGCCGCCCUGGUGGACGGGGGGUCCGGGGCCACGCGGGAGACCCCCGAGCACAAGCUGAGCAUCCUGGACCUGUUCUGCAGCUGGAGGAUGACGGUCAGGACCCUGACCGUGUGGGCGGUGUGGUUCACCGGCAGCCUGGGCUACUACGUCUUCUCCCUGGGCUCCAUCAACCUGGGGGGGAACCAGUACGUCAACCUCUUCCUGGCAGGUGCCGUGGAACUGCCCUCGUACAUGGUGGCCUGCUUCGCCAUAGAUAGGCUGGGCCGAAGGAAGACCUCUGCCUCGGCGCUGCUGCUGGGAGGCCUGGUCUGCAUGCUCAUCAUCGUCGUGCCCACGGCUGUGGACGCCCUCGCCAUCUUCCUGAGCAUGACGGGAAAGUUUGCCGUCGCCAUCGCCUUCGGCAUCAUCUACCUGUACUCCUGCGAGCUGUACCCGACCGUUAUCAGGUCGUUGGCUGUCGGCAGUGGGAGUAUGAUGUGCCGCAUCGGCAGCGUGGUGGCGCCGUUCUGCGUUUACCUGUCCGACAUCUGGAUUUACCUGCCGCAGCUCAUCGUGGGUGUUUUGGCCUUCACCGUUGGCCUGCUGACCCUCCUGCUGCCGGAGACCCUCGGGAAGCCACUGAUGUCCACGCUGCAGGAAGCUGAGGCCUUGACCUCCUCCACCGGCAGGCAGCAGACGCAGAGAAAGGAGCCAGAGGAAAGCAGGGAGCUGAAGGCCACGAUGCCCAGUGGCCUGAAAGUGUGAACCUGGACAGCCUUCCAGACCGUGCCCAGUGUGUAUGCUCUUUGCUUGAAUUUAAUUUUCCGGUUUGCACCCCUUUCCUGCAUUCUUUAGUCAUGACGGGUUACCCAAAUCUUAGUCUGCCCAAGGAAGCGUGGCACCCGCCAGCUCCGGGCACGCUCCUCUAUGAAUGUGCACAAUUGGACACCGUUGGAGAAGUGACAUUUGGAGAACAUGCAGUUCCAGGGCCAUCCUCUAGGUGUCACUGUGGGCGGUGAGGGGGAGGGAAACCCGCAGCAGUUUGUUGAGGACGUCGCACGUGCCGAGCUUUUUAACUAGUAGCAGCAACAUCUUUCUGACAUUCUGCGGCUGAGGGUGAGUGGGAGUUCUGGCUAAUUUCGAUAGGGUAGUUCCUGUAUUGCCCCCUAGAGGCGGGAGGGUUCUCUACGCCGCAGCGCUACACCUCGGGGUUUUAGGUGGAUCAUUCCGCACGGAUGAACUCCGUGGGAGUUUUGAUGAUUUGAGGAUGUGAUUUUCGUGUUCGGUCACCUGACAGCCAGGCAGGAAUACUCCCGGCACCCGGGCUUUUACUAUUGCCCCUUACUAGUGGCUCACACACCAAAUGAACAGGGCACAAUGUGUGUAUGGCACACAGCGAGAUGUGAAAGCUUAUGUGGUGUAUGUGCAUAUGACUCUGUUGCGCUGCUGUGUGUGUGCAAAUUCGGGUGCCUGAAGAUGUCACAUGAACCUGGAAGUGGAUCUUCCCUCCUCUGUUUCGGGUCACACUUGUGACGUUGCCAUGGUAACAGCUUUGGUCGUCUCUGGAUCUGAGCUCAGGUCUAAUUGAAGUCCAUCUCGCCCAGAGACUCUCUGUACUUUCUUUGCUUCUCAGGGCAAGUUUCACGAUCUGAAAUGAAUGAAAGUGCUGACAUUAAGGAACUUGAUAUUUUUAAAUAAUUAGCAAGCAUAAAAUUUGUCGUUUUAUGUAUUAGACGGUCAUCUUAUAUUGAUUUUUAUGGUCUCAUAAAUUAGGUUAUACUUAAUCUCAUAUUGAUUUGUAUACUCUUAUAGAUUAGACUAUAUACAGUCUAAUAUGGAUUUGUAUGGUCUCGUAUAUUAGAUUAUAUAUAAUCUCAUAUUGAAUUCCACCUCUACUUACUACAUGGGUGUUAUGCUGCUGUCUGUCUACCCAAGAUUCACAUAUGAAGGUUUUACCUGCUCCCACCUCUUUUAUUUCUCUGAUGGACAGAAUCGUGCUGCUUUCGACUCCUUUUCCGUGCUUCAUGUUCUCGCACACUUACACCAUCUUUUACGCUACCUUUCACACUGCACUGUUGCCGAAAUGUGUCACCCGGCACAUCGCCAGCACAUCUGGAAACAGAGGUGCUCGGUGACUGGAUCCAAUUUUCAGUUGCUCUCUUGUUGAUUUCAUUGUUGAAGUCAAGAAAUGGAAAUCCCUGCAUAUACUGUAGGAUUCACUCGAUGUGUUCUAGAAUGUUCCUUCGGGAAUGUACAGGUACUGAUGUUUUGGACCAAAGAGGUUCCCGAGAUCCAGGUUUAGGUUUUUCACAUGGUCGAAAAAGACAGAAUAGCCAUGGAAUGGGACUGUGGUGAGAAUGUUACACUUAGAAAGGUUAAAUGCUGUAAACAUUUUCGUUUCUGCUUGUAGGGUUAUAAAUAGUGAGCGUUAUGACGCGCUGGUGAGUGUUUGUCUUGUGUUCGGUUUUCGUUUAACCGGAGAAAAGCAGGUUACACACCUUCCCUUAAUAUGAGUCUGCAAAAAACAUCUAUGUGAAUGAUCUAAAGAAGUUCGAGGGGUUUUAGAGAUAAUGAAAUGAUGACAUUGUGUGUUCGUUUCAGUUAUUCUUCAAAUCUUGCACACACACGCACACAGAGCCCAUAUUCCAUUACAGAAAUGCUCCUGACCCUCUGCAGCUGAAACUGGGUUAUUUUUAUUUGCACGUAAAGGGUGCAUAGAGGUUGUAAGGAAACUCUGAACCUCGGGUAUGUGAGCUCACUGGCGCCCCCUGUCCCCACCUCCAUCUCCUUCCUCCCCCAUCUCCUGCCCCGCAGCUCAUCUACACUUCAAACUUAGUCAGCUGCUCAGUGGUUCGAGUUUCUGCGCUACACCACUUCCCUCUCCUUUUGGUACCGGGGUCGUUGCCCUCAUCACUCACAUGUCCCGCUACCCCCUGGGGAGGCCCCAGCGUGGCCACAGAUCAUCUCUCCCCACGACACGACGCACAUCGUAUGUUUUCGUUAUAUGGGGAACGACACAAACCUGAGGUUGCAGUCAUUACAGCUAAAGGUGACACAACAAGCGACCAAUCACGAAAAGGCAAUGACUUUCUCGCACCUGUGAUCGUCCCACGUUUCGCUGCCUUCCACGCUAAGGAAGCGGCGUUAACACAGCUCCAGUGUCGGUCUUUCUCUCUAAGGCUCCAUUCAUAAACUGCUGUUGUCAUAUGUUAAAAAUCUGGAAAAAAAAAAAAAAAAAAAACGUGAAAAAUUG